AUGUCAUAUUAUUGGGAUUCUUCAAAAAGUAACAAAAACAUCAAUGAAGAUUUCGAAAUGCCUUCAUGGCAAAAUUUUUUUUUGCCUUCUCAAGAAGUAACUUCCUCAAACGACAACAGAAAUGAAGAUACCUCCGAAAUGUCACGGGAUAAUUCAUCACUUCCUUCUCCUCAAGUAACUCCACAACGCUAUCCAGACAUGUUUUUUGUCAGAAACCGUAAUGCGUCAAAGGCGGAUCAAAGAAAAAGUCGCCAAAGCUUUCCGAUUAGAGGAAAAUCGAGCGAGAGAAAAAGUCGCCAAAGCUCUCCGGUUAGAGAAAAAUCGAACGAGAGAAAAAAUAAAAAUUUCUAUGCUGAAAAAAAACUGGAUAGAAUUUUAAAUAUGGCAUAUGCAAAUGGUGAAGAAUUAUUCGAGGUGAAAUGGGUCGGUGAAUCAGAAACAGAAUGGAGAACUAAACAAACUCUAUCCAAAUGGCCAGAAAUACUUGAUAAAUUCCUACACGUCGAGCAGCUAAAAGCCAACAACAAAAAUUACCAUUUGCAAACAGAUAUUCCGCAAUGGGAAACAACUUACAAGUGGGAACCCUUUACUCACGAUCCAAUUGAUACACCCUUUCAACGAGUAUGCUUACCUUUGCUUAAACAGAGGGUCGAGAAAAAUCGCCGAAUGUUAUUAAGUUCUCGUCGGGAAUACCAAAAUCUGCAUAUUCAGAUGUACGACGCGCUGUGUUUGGAGAGGAUAAAGACACCAAAAGAGCAACAAGAACAAGAGGGUAGGAUCGAGAGCGUUGAGUUUGUAGAGGAUAAGGCGUUUUGGGAGAAUUUGAAGAUGUUCUGA